CGUUGACACAUACAGUUCAUUUCUGCCGUUUCGCAUAGCAGUAGGGCUUAUCCAUAAUUCAAUUUAGGAACACUAUGCCUGGGAAGAAAGUCUGCAUCGUCGGCUCAGGAAACUGGGGAUCGGCAAUCGCCAAAAUUGUUGGGCACAAUGCGAAAGGCAACAACAGAUUUGACCCCAUUGUGAAUAUGUGGGUGUUUGAAGAGAUGGUCAAUGACAAGAAACUCACCGAGAUAAUCAACACGGAGCACGAAAACGUCAAAUAUCUACCCGGGCACAAACUUCCCAAAAAUGUGGUAGCUGUUCCUGAGGUGGUGGACGCCGCUAAGGGGGCUGAUGUGCUGAUCUUCGUGCUCCCGCAUCAGUUUAUCACCCGCAUCUGUGACACGAUCAAGCCCCACGUCAAGACUGGAGCCAUCGGGAUAUCACUCAUCAAGGGUGUGGAUGAAGGUCCAGAGGGUCUGCGUCUGAUCUCCGACAUCAUACGUGAGAAGCUGGAGAUGGACGUCAGCGUACUCAUGGGGGCCAACAUAGCCAACGAAGUCGCAGACGAGAAGUUCUGCGAAACCACCAUUGGUGCCACUAACUCAGCCAAUGGGCAGCUGUAUAAGGAGCUGCUGCAGACGCCAAACUUCCGUAUCACGGUGGUAGCGGAGAGCGAUACAGUCGAGCUAUGCGGCGCUCUGAAGAACAUUGUUGCGGUGGGUGCUGGUUUCUGUGAUGGACUGGGUCUGGGGGACAACACCAAGUCAGCGGUGAUCCGCCUGGGCCUGAUGGAAAUGAUCGCCUUCGCCAAGAUCUUCUGCAAGGGGCCUGUGACCUCGGUGACCUUCCUGGAGAGCUGUGGGGUGGCCGACCUCAUCACCACCUGCUACGGGGGACGCAACCGCAAGGUGGCUGAGGCCUUCGUCACCACGGGAAAGUCCAUUGCUGAGCUGGAGGCUGAGAUGCUGAAUGGCCAGAAGCUUCAGGGUCCUCAGACGUCUGAGGAGGUCUACAAGAUCCUCAUGAAGAAAAACAUGAUCGAAAAGUUCCCACUGUUCAAGUCGGUGUAUCUGAUCUGCUUCGAGGGCAAGCCACCGCUGGAUACAAGUCUCUACACACAAAGAGGAUGA